UGAAAUAAGCCAGACCUAAAAGGACAAAUAUUGUAUGAUUCCACUUAUAGGAAAUAUCUAGAAUAGGCAAAUUAAGUAGAUUAAGUGUUAUAGAGACAGAAGGGAGGAAUGAGGAGUUAUUGCUUAAUGGUUACAGAGUUUCUGUUUGGAGUGUUGACAAAGUUUUGAAAUUAGAUAAUGGUUGCAUAACAUUGUGAAUGUAAAUAAUGCCACUGAGUUGUAUACUUCUAGAAAUGGUUAAAUGGCAAAUAUUGUUUAUUUUAUCACAAUUUUAAAAAUUAUAUAUCUCAAACCACUGUAUUACACAAUUUUAAUGGGUGAAUUGUAUGGUAUGUGAGUUGUAUCUCAGUAACACUAUUAAAAAAAAAACCCAGUAGGGACGUUGUUAGACAUAAAAAAGCUGAAAGACUUUAUCAUCCCUAUUACAAGAAAUGUUAAAGAAUAUCCUUCAGGGAGAAAGGAAAUGAAACAAAUGGAAAUCUGGAUCUACACAAAGGAAUGCACAGCACUGGCAGUGGUAACAGCAUAGCGUUCAGUUCUUCGUGGCUGCGCGUUUCCUCACUGGCUGUCAGGGUGCUGCUCUUCAGGGCCGGGGUCUGCCUCCUUCCAUGUCCUGCUGCACCUUCCACCUCCAAGCCACUUUACCUCCUUAGUACUCUCCUGUUACUCAAGAAGGUACCAUCAAGAACAAGGACAGCAUGGAAGCCGAGUCACUAACUACUUGGUCCCAGACGCUGGUGACUUUUGAGGAUGUACUUGUGGACUUCACCAGGGAGGAGUGGAAGCUGCUGGACACUGCUCAGCAGAUCAUGUACAAAGAUGUGAUGUUGGAGAACUAUAAGAACCUCCUUUCCUUGGGGCAUCAGCUUCCUAAGCCAGAUGUUGUCCUUCGGCUGGAGAAAGGGGAAGAGCCCUGGCUGGCAGAGAGAAGGAUUCACCAGGAGACCACUCCAGAUUUGGAGACUGCAGUUGAAAUUAAAUCAUCAGUUUCCAGUAAGAGCAUGGCUAAAGAUAAGCAAUCCUAUGACAUUAAAAAGGAAGGAAUGGCAAACAGUGAUCUCUGGUAUUUGUCAUUAGAAGAAGUCUGGAAAUGUGAAGACCAGUUGGACAAAUAUCAGGAAAACCAGGAGAGACAUUUGAGGCAAGUGGCAUUCACCCAAAAGAAAUUACUUUCUCAGGAGAGAGUCUGUGAAAGUGGUAAAUAUGGGGGAAAUUGUCUCCUUCCUGCUCAGCUAGUACUGCGAGAGUAUUUCCACAAACGGGAUUCACAUACUAAAAGUUUAAAACAUAAUUUAGUUAUUAGUGGUCAUCAGGAAAGCUGUACAAGCAACAGUAAUGAACGUGGUCAAACCUUCUGUCAAAACAUUCACCUUAUUCAAUUUGGAAGAACUCACACAGGAAAUAAAUCCUACCGAUGCCCUGAUAAUGGUAACUCUCUGGCUCAUGGUACAUCUUUUGGUAUAUCAAAGGGCAUACAUAGAGAGAAACCCUAUGAAUGUAAGGAAUGUGGAAAAUUCUUCAGCUGGCGCUCUAAUCUUACUAGGCAUCAGCUUAUUCAUACUGGGGAGAAACCCUAUGAAUGUAAAGAAUGUGGAAAAUCUUUUAGCCGGAGUUCUCACCUCAUUGGACAUCAGAAGACUCAUACUGGUGAGGAACCCUAUGAAUGUAAAGAAUGUGGAAAAUCCUUCAGCUGGUUUUCUCACCUCGUUACCCAUCAGAGAACUCAUACGGGGGACAAACUGUACACAUGCAAUCAAUGUGGGAAAUCUUUUGUUCAUAGUUCUAGGCUUAUUAGGCACCAGAGAACGCACACUGGAGAGAAGCCCUAUGGGUGUCCUGAAUGUGGGAAAUCUUUCAGGCAGAGCACACAUCUCAUUCUGCAUCAGAGAACUCAUGUUAGAGUAAGGCCCUAUGAAUGUAACGAAUGUGGGAAGUCUUACAGCCAGAGAUCUCAUCUUGUUGUGCAUCAUAGAAUUCACACUGGACUGAAACCUUUUGAGUGUAAAGAUUGUGGAAAAUGCUUUAGUCGAAGCUCUCACCUUUACUCACAUCAAAGAACCCACACUGGAGAGAAACCAUAUGAGUGUCGUGAUUGUGGAAAAUCCUUCAGUCAGAGUUCUGCCCUCAUUGUGCAUCAGAGAAUACAUACUGGAGAGAAACCAUAUGAAUGUUGUCAGUGUGGGAAAGCCUUCAUCCGUAAGAAUGACCUUAUUAAGCAUCAGAGAAUUCAUAUUGGAGAAGAGACCUAUAAAUGUAAUCAAUGUGGCAUUAUCUUCAACCAGAACUCUCCAUUUAUAGUCCAUCAAAUAGCUCACACUGGAGAGCAGUUCUUCACAUGUAAUCAGUGUGGGGCAGCACUUGUUAAUAGCUCUAACCUUAUUAGAUACCAAACAAAUCAUAUUAGAGAAAACACUUACUAGUAUUAAUAUAAUGAGUAUGGAAAAUUCAUCACAAAGA